AUGGGCUGGGUAGGAGUGGCCACGCUAAUUGCGACCGCAUGCUACGUACUCUACCGUUUCCCCCCUCAUACAUGGUCAUCGGAGCCUGCCUCAGCGCCCCCGGAAUCGAUCCCCGAACAAGCACCUACACAAAAUAAUGCGCGAACCACGGAUACAUCCAAACCGCCCGCUAUACCAAAGAUAGAACCGGUGCCCGCGAAAGAAAGCGAAGAAGAAAAUGCAGAGGAGCAGUCAACCCCCAAAGCAUCCGCGAGCGCACCGAUGCUAGAAGUGCCCGUCCUCGACCUGCAUGACUCCGCGGCGGAAAGCGGAUCGGCAAAAUCUCCAGCUUCCUUGAACCAUAACAACGCCUCUCCCUCUUCUCUCUAUACAACUUCCGCCAGUACGGUGGCCAGACAAGCCGCCACAAUGCCACCACGACCACUCCCACCAACGCUGUCGCCAUCAUCAACACUGUCGCCGCAGCCGUCACAAGCAGAUUCUUCCUCCUUAAUGCCCCCUCCCCCUCUCCCUCGAAACCGCGCGACAGGACAACAGCAACAACAACCGCAAACCCAGCCCUCGCAACCCCAGUUCCUGAGUCCCGGCCCCGUCCCCGGACGCUACCCGCCACGCCUCAACAACAGCUCCCUCGUACCCCCUCCCUCCGCCGCAGCCUCGCAACGCGGACCCCAACGCCUCGCACCGCCCACUAACAGCCUCGCACCGCCCACUAACAGCCUCGCACCACCCGCCCGACCCUCCAGCAACUCCUCUAAACGCGCAGUCCUCGAACCAGGCUUCUCCCCACUAGACUGGGCCGCGCUAACCUCGAACCCAAAAGCCAACCUCCGCGGCGAAAACCUCCCCGCGCAACUCAUCCGCGUAACACCCUCAAUGCUCAAGAUACAAAACGGACGAAAGGGCCGCGACGCAUGGACGUCGUAUCAGGGCAAGGUGUAUAAUAUCCAGCCAUACGUACCGUUUCAUCCCGGCGGGAAGGGGGAGUUGUUGAGAGGAGCAGGGAAGGAUUCUGCGAAGUUGUUUGUGGAGGUCCAUCCGUGGGUGAAUUGGGAUGCUAUACUGGGGGAAUGUCUGGUGGGGAUUUUGGUUAGUGAGAGUGAGGUUGGAGAGGGGAAUGCGUUGGAUGCUAUGGAUUGA